CCAUUAAGACCAGUUCUUGAAUACAUUGAUCUGGUCAGUAGUGAUGAUGAAGAGCCAAGCACCUCUCGUAGUGAUAGAAUGCCUGCAUCUAAGUUGCCAUCCUCUGAGAAUCAUCGCCCAGAAAAGUGCUCUAACUGCAGUAUUCCUCUUACCAUUGGAGACAGCAGCUCCUCCUUUGGGAGUUGUGCCAACAGUCCACAAAGGAUAGUUUCUCAACUUUGCUCUGUUGAGAACACAUUGGAGAACCAGAAAAAUAAUCACAAUUAUACAGAUACUAAGAUCUCUGAGACAGACACACCCAAGUCAUCAGAAAGUUAUCAGAUGCUGCCUUCAUCUCCAGUUCUGGUUCCCCAAGAAUCUUUGGCCUCUUCUGAAGCCAAAGAGGAUUUACCCAUGGAAUUGCCUACAGCUUCACAGCAUGGGCAGGAUGCCAUCCUCUAUCUCCAGACACAAGUGGCUGAGAUGUCCCGAGUGAUACGUGAUCUUCAGUCCAGGAGCUGUUUUAGAUUUCAUCAUUCUAGGCCAAGUGAGCACUCCUCACUUCCUUGGGACAUUUCCACCUCUAAGGAAAUGCCUACAGUUGAAGAAGAGGCUGAUUGCAACUCUCCAUCAGCUGAUGACAAAGGAGAGACAACUGACCCCACUCAAUCUAGUUUCACAGGUCUUUUGAAGAGAAUGGAGCAAAGAGGUGUUAUAAAAAGGGUCACAUUACGGUCUGAAGCUGAGACAUGCGGAGGGAAACCUGGUUGUGUGACCUCUAAAAAACGCUUGGUUCCUCCAUUGCAUCCACUUUUGAGAAUUGCCACUUCUGAAGUUUUUAAAGAUCCCGCUGAUUGCCAUCCUUCUUCCUUCAUGGGACACAGAGUAUAUCCUGUGUCCAAGGACACCUCUCCUUUCCAACCAAGUCCAACAGCUGAGGGCCCUAUUGUAGAAGCAUUAGAGCACAGCAAAAGAGGAAACACAACAUCUCCUCUAGAUUCUACCUCAAAAGAAAUGGAAGUCAUGGGUUGUAGAUUCUACCAUGCUGCCUCCAUUGCAGCUCGAGCUGCCAGCUACUUGGCUUAUAUGACUCAGUAUCAGCGUAAGCUAUGGGAAGACAUGGAGGAUCUAGUUCAUGACCCAGAAUUUGAUCGUGGAAAAGCAAAGUGUAUAAUAUCUGAUGGCAUGGAUGCAGGCCUUUGGCAACUUUGUACUACUAGGGACAUAAUGGACUCUGUAGUCAGAGUGAUGGCCAUGGCAAUAGAUUAUAGAAGGCAAGCUUGGCUUCGACUUACAUCACUCACUAAAAAAACCCAGGAGAAGAUCUUACACUUGCCUUUUGAUGGUACUUCCCUUUUUGGACAAGAUGCAAAUGCUGUGGUUGCAGAACAAAACAGUAUUAAAGGAAAUGAUUGUAAGGAUCAUAAUAGGUAUUAUAACCAGCAUCGAUACCUUUAUAGACAUGAUCAUAAAACCCAUUAUCACAGUAGUGGUUACUCUAAAGGGGAUUGGUACAAAUCCCGAAACCACCCCUAUAGACAUAGAAAAAAGGGAGAGUCUGCUGAGCGCUAUGGGUACAAGAAUUAAUAACCUGUCUAUGUUCAUCAGCAUAAUAUUUCAUUCAAGAACCUAUUUUCCUUGUUCUUUCCCCAAUCAGACAGGCUCUAUAGGCAGGAGAUCAUCUCAAAAACAAUAUAUAUCUGUAGUGACCUCAGCUAAUGCUUGAACUCUAGACUUUUGGAAUGGAAUAAAUAAUAAAAGACAUGGGCUUCAUUGGCCAAGUGAUUAGUGGGGACUUUGCUGUCAGAAGGGUUUAGUUCAGAGGAGGACACUUGGGAAUCUGCGUGAUGAUAGGAAAAUACAUAGAUUUCUUCCUUAGGGAAGUCUUCUUGAUAAACUUAGGACUGGCAAAUAUUGGAUCUGAAAACAUCUGCUACUAGACUAGAGGUAAAUCCUUCGUGGUUAGGUCAUCAAUGUUUCCUUGUUCAGGCUUGAGUGUGACAGAUCAGCAAAGAAUAAUGGAUCUUACACUUACCAUGAUACCAUGCUCUGUGAGACUGCACAAUCAGACAUUAAGCUAUAUGCCAACAGGAAUUAAAGUAAAAUACUGCUAAAUCUA